AUGGCGGAGGCGGAGGAGGAGGCGGAGGAGGAGGAGGCGGAGGAGGAGGAGGCGGAGGAGGAGGAGGCGGAGGAGGAGGAGGCGGAGGAGGAGGAGGCGGAGGAGGAGGAGGCGGAGGAGGAGGAGGCGGAGGAGGAGGAGGCGGAGGAGGAGGAGGCGGAGGAGGAGGCGGAGGAGGAGGAGGCGGAGGAGGAGGCGGAGGAGGAGGAGGCGGAGGAGGAGGAGGCGGAGGAGGAGGCGGAGGAGGAGGCGGAGGAGGAGGCGGAGGAGGAGGCGGAGGAGGAGGCGGCGGAGGAGGCGGCGGAGGAGGCGGCGGAGGAGGCGGCGGAGGAGGCGGCGGAGGAGGCGGCGGAGGAGGCGGCGGAGGAGGCGGCGGAGGAGGCGGCGGAGGAGGCGGCGGAGGAGGCGGCGGAGGAGGCGGCGGAGGAGGCGGCGGAGGAGGCGGCGGAGGAGGCGGCGGAGGAGGAGGCGGCGGAGGAGGCGGCGGAGGAGGCGGCGGAGGAGGCGGAGGCGGCGGAGGAGGAGGCGGCGGAGGAGGCGGCGGAGGAGGCGGCGGAGGAGGCGGCGGAGGAGGCGGCGGAGGAGGCGGCGGAGGAGGCGGCGGAGGAGGCGGCGGAGGAGGCGGCGGAGGAGGCGGCGGAGGAGGCGGCGGAGGAGGCGGCGGAGGAGGCGGCGGAGGAGGCGGCGGAGGAGGAGGCGGCGGAGGAGGCGGCGGAGGAGGCGGCGGAGGAGGAGGCGGCGGAGGAGGCGGCGGAGGAGGCGGCGGAGGAGGAGGCGGAGGAGGAGGCGGCGGAGGAGGAGGCGGCGGAGGAGGAGGCGGCGGAGGAGGAGGCGGCGGAGGAGGAGGCGGCGGAGGAGGAGGCGGCGGAGGAGGAGGCGGCGGAGGAGGAGGCGGCGGAGGAGGAGGCGGCGGAGGAGGAGGCGGCGGAGGAGGAGGCGGCGGAGGAGGAGGCGGCGGAGGAGGAGGCGGCGGAGGAGGAGGCGGCGGAGGAGGCGGCGGAGGAGGAGGCGGCGGAGGAGGAGGCGGCGGAGGAGGAGGCGGCGGAGGAGGAGGCGGCGGAGGAGGAGGCGGCGGAGGAGGCGGCGGAGGAGGAGGCGGAGGAGGAGGCGGAGGAGGAGGCGGAGGAGGCGGAGGCGGAGGAGGCGGAGGCGGAGGAGGAGGAGGCGGAGGAGGCGGAGGAGGCGGAGGCGGAGGAGGAGGAGGCGGAGGAGGAGGCGGAGGAGGAGGAGGCGGAGGAGGAGGAGGCGGAGGAGGAGGAGGCGGAGGAGGAGGAGGCGGAGGAGGAGGAGGCGGAGGAGGAGGAGGCGGAGGAGGAGGAGGCGGAGGAGGAGGAGGAGGCGGAGGAGGCGGAGGAGGCGGAGGAGGCGGAGGAGGCGGAGGAGGCGGAGGAGGCGGAGGAGGCGGAGGAGGCGGAGGAGGCGGAGGAGGCGGAGGAGGCGGAGGAGGCGGAGGAGGCGGAGGAGGCGGAGGAGGCGGAGGAGGCGGAGGAGGCGGAGGAGGCGGAGGAGGCGGAGGAGGCGGAGGAGGCGGAGGAGGCGGAGGAGGCGGAGGAGGCGGAGGAGGCGGAGGAGGCGGAGGAGGCGGAGGAGGCGGAGGAGGCGGAGGAGGCGGAGGAGGCGGAGGAGGCGGAGGAGGCGGAGGAGGCGGAGGAGGCGGAGGAGGCGGAGGAGGCGGAGGAGGCGGAGGAGGCGGAGGAGGCGGAGGAGGCGGAGGAGGCGGAGGAGGCGGAGGAGGCGGAGGAGGCGGAGGAGGCGGAGGAGGCGGAGGAGGCGGAGGAGGCGGAGGAGGCGGAGGAGGCGGAGGAGGCGGAGGAGGCGGAGGAGGCGGAGGAGGCGGAGGAGGCGGAGGAGGCGGAGGAGGCGGAGGAGGCGGAGGAGGCGGAGGAGGCGGAGGAGGCGGAGGAGGCGGAGGAGGCGGAGGAGGCGGAGGAGGCGGAGGAGGCGGAGGAGGCGGAGGAGGCGGAGGAGGCGGAGGAGGCGGAGGAGGCGGAGGAGGCGGAGGAGGCGGAGGAGGCGGAGGAGGCGGAGGAGGCGGAGGAGGCGGAGGAGGCGGAGGAGGCGGAGGAGGCGGAGGAGGCGGAGGAGGCGGAGGAGGCGGAGGAGGCGGAGGAGGCGGAGGAGGCGGAGGAGGCGGAGGAGGCGGAGGAGGCGGAGGAGGCGGAGGAGGCGGAGGAGGCGGAGGAGGCGGAGGAGGCGGAGGAGGCGGAGGAGGCGGAGGAGGCGGAGGAGGCGGAGGAGGCGGAGGAGGCGGAGGAGGCGGAGGAGGCGGAGGAGGCGGAGGAGGCGGAGGAGGCGGAGGAGGCGGAGGAGGCGGAGGAGGCGGAGGAGGCGGAGGAGGCGGAGGAGGCGGAGGAGGCGGAGGAGGCGGAGGAGGCGGAGGAGGCGGAGGAGGCGGAGGAGGCGGAGGAGGCGGAGGAGGCGGAGGAGGCGGAGGAGGCGGAGGAGGCGGAGGAGGCGGAGGAGGCGGAGGAGGCGGAGGAGGCGGAGGAGGCGGAGGAGGCGGAGGAGGCGGAGGAGGCGGAGGAGGCGGAGGAGGCGGAGGAGGCGGAGGAGGCGGAGGAGGCGGAGGAGGCGGAGGAGGCGGAGGAGGCGGAGGAGGCGGAGGAGGCGGAGGAGGCGGAGGAGGCGGAGGAGGCGGAGGAGGCGGAGGAGGCGGAGGAGGCGGAGGAGGCGGAGGAGGCGGAGGAGGCGGAGGAGGCGGAGGAGGCGGAGGAGGCGGAGGAGGCGGAGGAGGCGGAGGAGGCGGAGGAGGCGGAGGAGGCGGAGGAGGCGGAGGAGGCGGAGGAGGCGGAGGAGGCGGAGGAGGCGGAGGAGGCGGAGGAGGCGGAGGAGGCGGAGGAGGCGGAGGAGGCGGAGGAGGCGGAGGAGGCGGAGGAGGCGGAGGAGGCGGAGGAGGCGGAGGAGGCGGAGGAGGCGGAGGAGGCGGAGGAGGCGGAGGAGGCGGAGGAGGCGGAGGAGGCGGAGGAGGCGGAGGAGGCGGAGGAGGCGGAGGAGGCGGAGGAGGCGGAGGAGGCGGAGGAGGCGGAGGAGGCGGAGGAGGCGGAGGAGGCGGAGGAGGCGGAGGAGGCGGAGGAGGCGGAGGAGGCGGAGGAGGCGGAGGAGGCGGAGGAGGCGGAGGAGGCGGAGGAGGCGGAGGAGGCGGAGGAGGCGGAGGAGGCGGAGGAGGCGGAGGAGGCGGAGGAGGCGGAGGAGGCGGAGGAGGCGGAGGAGGCGGAGGAGGCGGAGGAGGCGGAGGAGGCGGAGGAGGCGGAGGAGGCGGAGGAGGCGGAGGAGGCGGAGGAGGCGGAGGAGGCGGAGGAGGCGGAGGAGGCGGAGGAGGCGGAGGAGGCGGAGGAGGCGGAGGAGGCGGAGGAGGCGGAGGAGGCGGAGGAGGCGGAGGAGGCGGAGGAGGCGGAGGAGGCGGAGGAGGCGGAGGAGGCGGAGGAGGCGGAGGAGGCGGAGGAGGCGGAGGAGGCGGAGGAGGCGGAGGAGGCGGAGGAGGCGGAGGAGGCGGAGGAGGCGGAGGAGGCGGAGGAGGCGGAGGAGGCGGAGGAGGCGGAGGAGGCGGAGGAGGCGGAGGAGGCGGAGGAGGCGGAGGAGGCGGAGGAGGCGGAGGAGGCGGAGGAGGCGGAGGAGGCGGAGGAGGCGGAGGAGGCGGAGGAGGCGGAGGAGGCGGAGGAGGCGGAGGAGGCGGAGGAGGCGGAGGAGGCGGAGGAGGCGGAGGAGGCGGAGGAGGCGGAGGAGGCGGAGGAGGCGGAGGAGGCGGAGGAGGCGGAGGAGGCGGAGGAGGCGGAGGAGGCGGAGGAGGCGGAGGAGGCGGAGGAGGCGGAGGAGGCGGAGGAGGCGGAGGAGGCGGAGGAGGUAACAAAGGCAAAUGUUGAAGAUAGUGACCAGAUGGAGUGUCUCGUACUUUUGACGAGCCUCAGUGUAUUCUCGUAG